AUGUCGUACAUGGCGAAACUCGAAAGAUUUUACAACACAAUUACAACUCAUCCGUUUGUCAAGGGGCUUUUAUUUUUAACAAUAACCGUGGUAUUUUUAUUGUUAUUGCGCCAGUCAACAACAAACUCUGUCGUAAACACAUGCGGAGAAACUCCUAAAGAUUCAACCACAGAAAUCUCUCCUCCCAAUGACUCAUCAAUAGAAACCUCUUCUCAUGAUUCGUCUAUAGAAAAUCCUUCUAAAGACCCAUAUGAAGAAGCAAUUAAACACUUUUCUCCUUUUGCCUCUGAAUAUUCUCUUCCGACCUGUUCUAGUUUACCCAAAAAUACUCAUAUCAAACCUAAAACAUUCAAAGCGGACGGUCCUCCUGGAAGAGAACUUUCCAUAUUUUAUUGGCGGUAUUUGACUUAUUUGACUGCAAAAACUACAGAUUGGGAUAAAAUAUCACAAGAAUUGUGCCCCUAUCCGCCAGAAUUGGUUCCGUUCUUUAAAACAUUGUAUAACCAAUUCGUAGCGAGUUACACACCCAAAGUCUAUGAAUGGCCAGUUGGGUAUGCUCCGUGUUUAUUUUGGUAUUCUCAUAAAGGAGACCAAAGAGCUACAUGCAAAAACGGUCAAUCGUAUCGUGUUCAUUCCAAUUAUACCCUCUGGCGGGAAACUGACGUUAUUUACAUGAAUUAUCCUUUCUUUUUCAAAGAAGAAAAAGCACCAUUUUUCCAUACUACUCACAUGCCACCUAGACGUUCAAAUCAGGCGUGGUGGAUGUAUUUCUCUGAUGAAGGAUUGGAAUACUAUUCGUUCGUUGGUUUAGACACCUUGAGAAAUAUGUUUGAUUUGACGAUGGGUGCACCCGGCAAUAUCUUUGAUAUACUUAAGCCGACUUAUCCAAUUAAUGAUACCAGUUUAUUUUAUGACACACAUGUGAAAUUCGGAAACAAACGCGACGACGUGCUAUUUGCGUGGAUGGCUGGAAACUGUAAGUCAGCAAAUAAGCGGGAGGAUUAUGUCCUGGAACUAAUGAACUAUGUGACAGUGCAUUCAUACGGUGACUGUCUGCACAAUCAAGAUACUCCGGACGAGAUACUGAAGAAAUACGGGCUGGAAAAGGGAAAAGCGCCAGCUUAUUGGGCAGACAAUAUGUAUGAAGUUAAGAGAGACAUUCUCUCUCCGUAUAAGUUUAUUCUUGCAUUUGAAAACUCUAAUUGUGAAGGAUAUGUGACGGAGAAAGUGUACGAUGCACUGUUGGUGGAUGCUAUUCCUAUAUACAUGGGAGCGUCAGACAUCGAUGAUUAUGUACCGCCUGGGAGUGUGAUUAAAGUAACAGAUUAUGGAAGCAUGCGUGCACUAAUAGGACAUACGAAACAGAUAGCCAAUAAUAAGACACUAUACGAAAGUUACUUUGCGUGGAAAAGAGACAAAACACACAAGAAUUUUUGCAAAAAAUGUCAUCCUCUUAAUGACUCGGACAUAUGUACAUUUUUAGAGAGGGUUGAAUGGGUGUAA